AUGCCUGUUCAACCUGAUCUCAAUGAAGAAGAACUCUUGGAUAUCCUCCUGGAUGAUUACGAGGAUGAGGACGCAGCCAUCCAAAACACAAUGAUACAACACCGGGCCAUUCUUCAACGUAGAAAUAUCCUUCAAAGUGGAAAUACACGUGCUACUCGUCAAGGUCCACGUUUGAGAAUCUUUUGA